AGAAAAAAUGGUUCCUUACUCUGUUCUGGACUGGAGAAACAGAGAAAGAAAGAAGAAGAAGAAGAAUGAAAAAAAAAAUGAGAAGAACUGAAGAACAGAAGAAGAAAGGAGAAAGGAGAAAGGAGAAAGGAGAAGAAAAAAUUACCUAGGUCAGCAAUGGCGAGUGUCGCGAGCGAGAAAGGAGAACUUGAGCUAGAGAGAAAGGGUCAGCAAUGGCGUCUCUGCUUUUGGAUUUCAGCUUCAGCAGCGAUGGAGAGAGCAGCGCCAUUUGCUGAGCAGGUGGAUAUCUCAUCGGGCGACUCAUCUUCCUCUGAUGCAGAUGAUCGCAAAACAGAAAACAAACAGCUGAAAAAUAAUAUCACCACUGGUCAACCUGUUAACGAACUUAUUUCUGAAGAUUCAAUGAUAAGAAGAGCAAGAAUGUACCAGGAGUACAUGCAGUUGGUCCCUAUUCCCACACACCGUGGCUCUAUUAUCCCUUUCACCUCAUGGGCGGGAUUAGCUGCAUCCAUUAAGCAGUUAUAUGGGCAACCACUGCACUACCUAACCAAUGUCCACAUGAAGCAGUGGGAUCAAAUGAGGUUUGGCACCAACGAUGAUGACGUUCCAUUAGAUACCAUCAUACAUCCUAGCAAAGCUGAAGCAAGCAUCUGGCUUAUUGAAGAAGUUCAUAGGCGUGCCUCAUCUCAUCAUUACAUUGCCCAACUUUGGCUUGCUGAUCCAAUGUAUCAUGCCUAUGUUGAUCCAAUUUUCCCAAAGCUGCAGAAUUCAUCAAAAUAGAUUCUUUUCCAAUCUAUCUUCAUUGACUUGGUCCAGACUACUCAUUAACCUUCUACUUGGGAAAAAAUUUCAUCUCCAUCACCCUUUCCAAACAACCAUGUUAUAUGAAAAAUUGUACAUCAUAAUGACUUGCUUUCACAUGUUGAUAGAGUAAUAUGUUUUCAGCACAUGGGCUAUAUGGUGAUCUUGUGUUUGUGCCA